AUGGGGCCUUGGAGUCGAGUCAGGGUGGCCAAAUGCCAGACGCUGGUCACCAGCCUCUUUGUCUUGCUGCUGGGCCUCGCUAUGGCCACCACGGCAGCGCUCACCUACUUCGGGCCUCACUUUGCUGUCAUCGGCCACGCGGCCUCAGAGAGGACCCCCUACGAAGCUUUGCACCUCUGGGCCUUCUCCGCAGGAAUCAUCCUGGCCGGGCUCCUGACCCUGGGGGCUGUGCUGAGUGCUGCAGCCACUGUGAGAGAGGCCGGGGGCCUCAUGGCUGGGGCCUUCCUGUGCUUUGCCCUGGUGUUCUGCGCCCUGGCGCAGGUGGCCUUCUGGAGGUGCCACAACCCCACGCAGGUGGAGGACGCCGUGUUGGACGCCUACGAUCAGGUGUACGAGCAGGCAGUGACGGGCUCGUCAGGAGUCUGGCGGCAGGAGCUGGCGGCCAUCCACGCCGUGUUUCAGUGCUGUGGUAAGAGCCCCCCGCUCGGCCUCCCGGAGGGCUCGGAGGCUGACCCGUGUCGGGGGCAGGAGGCCGACAGACAGGACUGCCUGUGGGGCAUCAGGAGCUUCCUGAGGGUGCACGGCAGCGUCGUCUCCACCCUGAUCGGCCUCGGCCUCGCCGCCAUGGUAUAUGUGGUGCUUCUCGGUGCCUUCCUCCGGUUUGCCAUCCGCUCGGGCAAAUACACCCUGAGCCCACGGGCCCGCGGCUGCCAGCCCCAGGAGCCCCGCUUCUACAGACGCUGCCGGGAGGCGCCCGCCCCUCAUCACCCGUCUCAAGCAGAUGCUCUCAGGGGCCGUCGGGGUCCAAGCAGUCGCUCGGGUCACCCUCCGCUGCUCCAGGACACCCACCUGCCUACGCACAGGAGCGACAGAGACGCUCUGGCCUCGGCCCGCACGCGUUCCUUACCAGGAGGGGAUGAGCUGUUUUCCUCCACAUGGUGGUGGGAUGGGGAGGGAGGGGACCCCACCAGACAAGCAGCCUCCAUGUAAGCAGACGGGGCACCAGGGGCCAUUUGCAGACUCUGGGAACAGGCUGGGAGGUGAGCCAGGACAGAGGAAGCAGAGGGCAGCUUGGCUGGGCUCUGCUUUGAGUCUCACAGGGUCAAACCCAGGGGUGGGCUGGGCUGGGCUGGGCUCCCCCCGCAGCCUCUGGGGAGGACCCACUCCAGGCUGGGUCAGGCUGUUGCCAGAGUUCGGUUCUGCGCGGCUGUAGGACUGACGUCCCUUCCUUGCCCGCUGUCUGCGGGGCCGCCGUGCUCCCCGAGACCCCUUCCCCUCCAUCCUCAAGUCAGCACGGCAGGUGGGUUCCUGCUCCUGCUGGGAAUUCCUCCGACUCUCCCCAAGGCUGGAGGACAGUCUGCUUGCAAAGGCUCACGUGUGUAGAUGAGGGCCACCCGGGGAAAAUUCCUGCCGUACAGAGAAAUCACAUUUGUAGUGGUACUGUGUUCACGGGCUCUGGGGAGUGCAUUUGAGAAAUCCCACCUGCCACGGCCUGUCCCCGUGGCCAUCCGACUACCCGGCCGGUGAGUUCUCUCUAACGAACCGUCCCCGACAAUCUGCAUCCUUGGCUCAAACCCCGAGUCCCGGGUGGGACGCCAGACUGGCCCAGCCUAGGCCGAGGCCCCAGCGUAACUGACGAGGGAGAAGGGACCGCGGGGCCCUUUUAACUUCCAUAGAGGGAGCUCAGCCCUGCCCCCGUCGAAACCAACAAAGUCGGGUGCCUCCCCAGUAAGAAGCAGCCCUCUGUGAUGAGCAAAACCAAAAAGGGACCAAGUGACCAACGCCCGCUGCAGUCCUCCCCUUGUGUUUCCAAUCUCACACACACACACACACACACACACACACACACACACACACACUCUCUUCCCACACUUACACCUCCAAAAACAAGACGGCGCUCGGCCAGGAUGAAGCAAAUAGCUCUCCUACCACUGAAGGCGCACAGGCCUUGCCCCCAAGGAAUGUGCCGGAAGUCCAACGGUUCUGCAUUUGAUAACCGUCCAGGGCAUCCGGGGAUGUGCGCGCCUCUCCUGGUCCCGUUCUUCUCAUCAGACAAAAUAAACUUUAAAGAAGCACCAGCUAAAUUCCUGUGUACAGCAGUGGUGGAAAGAAAGGGGAAUGUAGUUAAAUUCUGUAGAAAAUUCUGUACAUGACACCGCAGGAGA